AUGAUAAAAUGUACUUCAUAUAAACAUCAAUAUCCUUCUGAAGCUUUUGUGCUUGAUGGAAAAACGUAUAAGACUUGCGCAACUUGUUUAACUAAUAAAGCUAAGACAAGAGCUAAUAAAAAGACUAUAUCUGAUCAUAAUCAAACUAUUGAAACAAUUCCAUUAAAUGAUUUAAAUGAAUAUGUUAUGGAGUUAAUAGAAAGUCUUGAGAAUGACAUCAGUUCCAAUUUACAAAACCAGCAUUUUAAUAAACAAACUCUUAACGAUCAACCUCUUAACAAACAACCUCUUAACAAACAACCUCUUAAUGUUAAUAAUAAGCUAUCAACACAAAUGAACAUUAAGAAUGAUUUAAUUAUUACUGAUGAUAAUGAUGAAAAUAUUGACCCCGACCUUCACCAACAAUGCAAGUCCAAAAUAGUAACAUUAGAACGUCUUGUGAAGCAUUUAAAUGAUGAAUUAUCGGCAAACAACCUGUGA